AAAUUUUCUCUCUGCUCUCAACAUGCUAACAAAAGAAAAUACUAUUUCAUAACUCAAAUUACUAGUAGGAUAAUCUCCAUGAUGCAUCUUUGUGGGUGUGGUGUAUUGAACUGUAGCAUUCAGACUUUGCCCUCAUUUUUAUGAGCAGCAGAUAAAAGACCAAGAAGGAAGGCGUGCUGGGUUUGGAAGAAAACAGUCUCUUUCAACUUGACCAGACUAGCAGAGUCCAAUAAUGCUGUUCCACUGCUUUGCUGUCAUCUGGGAUGCCUUAUCCUUACAGGUUCUUCUUGUGUUCCUGGCUACAUUUCUUCUCAUUGCUGACUACAUGAGACGGAGGCACCCAAAAGGUUUCCCCCCAGGUCCUGUGCCUCUUCCUUUUUUUGGAAAUCUACUUCAUGUUGAUUUCAGGAACCCUCGUCCAUCUGUACAAAAGCUUACAGAAAAAUAUGGCAAUAUCUUCAGCAUUCAGUUAGGAAACAUGCAGACUGUAAUGGUGAAUGGACUGCAACUGGUGAAAGAAGUUCUUGUCCAUCAGGGUGAAAACUUUCUUGAUCGACCAAAAUUUCCUAUUCUUUUUGACCGUUUUCAGACAUUUGGACUGAUUCACUCUAGUGGACAUAGCUGGAAACAGCAAAGACGAUUUGCCUUGUCAACUCUAAGAAACUUUGGUUUGGGCAAAAAAAGUUUAGAAGAACGAAUACAGGAAGAGAGCAGGUUCCUCACUGAUGCCAUCGAAGAUGAGAAAGGGCAGUCUUUUGACCCACACUUGCUGCUUAACAAUGCUGUUUCAAAUGUAAUCUGUUCAAUCACUUUUGGGAAACGCUUUGAUUACCAUGACAGUCAGUUUCAGAACUUAUUGCAUUUGCUGGAUGAACUGGGUCAAAUCCUGGCAGGCAUUUGGGGCAUACUGUACAAUGUUUUCCCAGCUCUCAUGAAGCAUGUGCCAGGACCUCUUCAAACUGGUUUUAAAAACUGGGAACAAUUGAAAUCAUUUGUGAGUAAAAUAAUUGAAAAACAUAAAGAAGACGGGAAUCCACUUGAAACAAGAGAUUUCAUUGAUGCUUAUCUAAAUGAAAUGGCCAAGGAGGAUGCUUCUUCCAGUUUCCAUAUGGAAAACCUCCUACAGUCAACACUAGAUUUGUUUUUUGCUGGAACAGAAACAACUUCUUCAACCUUGCGCUGGGCUUUGCUGUACAUGGCUAUUUAUCCAGAAAUUCAGGGAAGAGUUCAGGCAGAAAUAGACUCUGUCAUUGGCCAGUCUCGCCAACCAGGAAUCGCUGACAGAGACAGCAUGCCUUACACCAAUGCAGUCAUUCAUGAAGUUCAAAGAAUAAGCAACAUUGUGCCUUUCAAUGUUCCACGACUGGCAACUGUUGACACAAAGCUGGCUGGCUUUCAUGUGCCCAAAGGCACCACUUUGAUCACAAACUUGACAUCAGUGCUUUUUGACAAAGAUGAAUGGGAAACUCCCAACAAGUUUAAUCCUGACCACUUCCUGGAGAAUGGUCAGUUCAGGAAGAGGGAAGCGUUCAUACCAUUCUCUGCAGGAAAGAGAGCUUGCCUUGGGGAGCAGUUGGCUAGAAUGGAACUUUUCCUUCUCUUCACCGCCCUGAUUCAGAAGUUUACUUUCCAGGCUCCGAAGGAUGUGAAGCUCUGUCUUGACUUCACGAUUGGUCAUGCAGUGGCGACUCUGGAAGAGGAAAAGAGCAGUUUAACUGAAAAAAAGAGGUUUAACCCCACAGAGCUUCAGGGCUAUAAUAAUCAAGUCUUAAAUGAACUAGAAAUUAAUGAUGUCAACUUUCCAAGUGAAAAAGAGAAAACAACAUCUGAAAUAGUUACAGCUUUCCGAAAUUGCAUUGACGAAAAAGCAGAGGAGCUAGAAAAGAAACUUAGAAAAUUCCAUCGCUAUGAAUCAGAAAUUCUAAAGAAACUGGACUUGCUGAAAGCAAUUAUACUUAACCCUGAGAGCAACAGGAAUGAUUAUAUUACUUUAAUGGAAGAAAUUAUACUACAAACAGAUAAACGAAAUGACCUUAAUCGAGCAAUUAAAACUCUAAAGACUAGUUUUAUUGAAACUGAGAUUAACCUCCGAAGCAAGUGCCAGGAUUUAUGUACUUCACCAGAACAACCAGAAAAGGAAUUACACAAAGAUAACCUUGAAGAGAAUUUACAAACACAUUUGGGAGAAAAAAGUAAGACCCCAUGUCGAAAAAAGAUCGUUCGAAAGAAAGAGAAGCCCAUGAAUAGCGAAAAGAUUCGCGAAACGGUCAACAAGCAAUCUGAUAAUCUGAAACGGCCAAAUGUCACCAAAGCUGCAAAAGGAACCCGCUGAAUACGUCGAUUAAGCACUGUCAUCUCACUGAUUGUGUUUACUGCAUUCUGCAAUUAUUUAUUUCCAGCAAGUUGUUAAGCAUUACUCAAAUAAACCCUUAAAUAUACACAUAUGGAUACAGUGUGGUUGUUUUCAUUGCCACAAUUGCUAAAUAUAACCAUGUGGAGAGAUGAGAGGCGUUCAGCUACAGCAGUUCAGUUCAUCUGCUCACCUAAGUUCUUUUCCAUAGAAGAGGCUCAAUAAUCAGAAGUGAACAGAUGGUGCCUCUCCCUGGGGCAUGGGAACUGACCACAUUUUACAUGUAACUUGCUGCUCCAUUUCAGCAUUAACUGUGAUCUGCAUCAUAUACAGUGUGCCCGCAUCAUACGUGGGUGCAUUGUACACUGCUUUCAGCAUACAUACAUUGAAAGCAGUGAUGCUUCUUCUGGCGCUGUGCACUGGAAGAAACACUGCUGCGUGCACCCAUGUAUCCAUAUAUAGAAACAACACAGUACCAUCCCAGUAAGAUUCUUAGCAUUACAAGUUAUUUUGUUUUAAAUCCUCUGUAAUAUAUCCCACUGUUGCAAGUUAAGAGAUGGAGGUGUGUGCAGGGUUAGUGGUGGUAUUCCUUAAUGUUGUGAGACUACAAGUCCCCUCAUUCAAGUCAGCAAAGCCAAUAAUGGAGAAUUAAAGCAGCUGUACCCCACAAAAUGUGGAGGGCCAUAAACUUUGUAGUCUUACAGGGACAGAACUCCCAUAUCAUCAGGGUUCAUGCCCUCAAGGAAGAAGUUCUAUGUAUGUUGAAGCAUAGCAUGUUCAUGAACUCUUACCAGUAAAUGCCAAAUAUCUGAACUGGGCUAGUUUCCUAUUCACAUCUCAAAUUUUAGUAGAAUGGGCCUUUGGUAUCUCCUGGGGUUUGGAUGCGGCCCGCGGGCCGUAGGUUGCCGACCCCUGGUCUAAUUGUCCCUUCUUUGUCCCUCUUUGUUUUCUUAGCACCAGUAACUACAGAAAUAGUCCCUAAUUUCUCAGAUCUGGAAAGUUCUUCAUACUGUAGCAUUAGUCCAAGAGCAAUGAGGAGAUCGUUACCAAGCUUAGAAAAUAAUGUCAACUCCUCAGCUGAAAAACAAACAUCUGAAAUAAUUAAAGAUCUCCGAAAAUGCAUUGAUGAAAAAGAAAAAACACUUGCAAAACAAGCUUAAAAAGUUUCAACGUUAUGAAUCAGAACUUCUGAAGAAAUUAGAUUUGUUAAAAGCACUUGUAAUCGACCCUGAAAGCAGCGAGAAUGCUAUUGUUACUUUAAUGGACCAAAUUGUGGAGCAGCGACAAAAAAGAAAAGAUCUGCACAUUGCAAUUAAAAAUCUAAACGAUAGCCUUAUUAAUAUUCAUAUUAACCUCCGAGGCAAGUGCCAGAAUUCAUCGAGUACAACAGAAGGAGAGAAGGAAGUUGAAGAUGAAUGUGACCUCACUUUACAGACACAUUCGGGGGGGAAAAGUAGCAUCCCAUGUCGAAAGAAGAAGAAUGUUCGCAUGAAAGACAGACCCAAAGUCAGCAAAACGCUAAACAUCCGGUCUGGUAAACAACAGCAAAAUGUCACCAACAAUAAAGCUGGAAAAGGAGCUCGCUGAACAACUCUUUUAAGCAUUGUCAUCUCAUUGUAUUUAUUGCAUUGUGCAUUGAUUUAUUUGCAGCAGUUAAGCAUUAUGCUCAAAUAAACCCUUAAAUGCA